AUGGCCUCCCGGGGGGAAACGUCGACGUUUAGCCGAAGAAAAAAUAAAACAGAUAAAAUAAUAAAGAGGUCGGAGCCGAAGAACUCAAGGAAAACAGCAGAAGAAAGAGUUUUAACUUUGGCCUCGUUGGUUUCAGACGCAGAUGAAGGUUUGGUUCAGUUUGAAGAACAUGAAGAGGAAGAGGAGCAGCGCUUCAUCACCAGUCGCUCCGUGUUCAACAAGGUGAUUGGUCGAGCGACGACCUAUAAGAGACUCCUGUUGACCAUAAAGACAGAGUACGAAGAUUUCAUCAGUGAGCUGAAGAGGAGGGAGGAUGAAGACAAGAAGGCCCAGCGAACGGUGGCAUCCUUAACGUCACUUCCAAAAUCAUUAGUGACCUGCCAGAGAAGAGCGGAGCAGCUGAGGGUCAGGAUCUCUGACCUUCAGAGUGAAACAUCAAACCUUCUGGAGGAGCAGAGGAGACAAAAAUCAUCUGAAGGGCGGAGCACAUGGAUUCCUGGCUUGACUGUGGCUGAGUCCGAGGAUCCUGAAGCUCUGGACGAGCACCUGAGGCGUCUCGAGGCCCAGAGAGCUGCUCUCCUGGACAGGAAGAGUCGCUGCGUCUCUCUGGAGGUCAAAGCUCAGCUGGACGCCGAGCUGCAGAGCGUCGAGUGCCACAGAGAAGAGCUGAGCACAGAGAACCAUCAACUGAAAGUUCUAUACAAGCGUCUGAGAUGUGUGUGUGACCAUUUGUCUCGCUGGGAAGAGGAGGAGGAGGAGGAGCAGGUUCCACUGGAGGAACUCCUGGGUUCUAUACUUGAGAACAUCAGUCAAACCAGCGUGACAGACGAUGACGAUGAUGAAGAGUUGUUUGAGACCGAAGAGCCGACUGGAGUCAACGGGUCCGAACUCGUAGCCGAUUACCUGGACAGGUUCACUGAGCUCUUUGACUCGGCUCAGUAUGAGGAGGCUGCUCUCGUUGCUGCCAGAUCUCCUCAAGGAGUCCUGAGGAACGUCGACACCAUGGAGAUGUUUAAAGGUGUGACAGCCGCCCCGGGGUCAGUCUCCCCUCUCCUCCUCUACUUCCAGGCCCUACUGAUCACUGCCGUCCCUGGUACCCAGCUGUCGGCUCCUCUCUCGCUGCACUGCGUCCUCUUCGCCCUGCGUCAUGGCGCCUUGCAGCUCGUCACCCAUGCCAUCACCCAGAACAAACUCACCUUUUCUGAGCACCUGGGCGACAUCCUCAUCGAGCACGCUCUGGAAAACGCCAGCGUGGCCGACCUGUGUCUGGCGUUGGCCACCGUCGUCUACGAGGCCUGUGGGCUGAACAGGAAGACGGCACUGAGCAUGAGCAGGAGAGGCCUCAUCCACAGCGCCGCCAAGUUCAUGCACCACUGCAAGGACCUCACAGCUGAGGACUUUAUUUGGGUUCUGUGUCGCUCGCCCAGCCUCACCCUCCUCCAGCUGUUGACGGAGCCUCAGCACAGUGUUCGGGCGGCCAUCUUAUCAGUGGGUAGGGCGUGUUCCACUCUGCUGGUUGACCCUCAGCAUGGGGAGUUAGCGCUGCAGUUCCUGGACAGUUUCCUCAGCCGAGGUCAAGAGGUUUUGGAGAAUGUGAUUCUGGAGGACAGCGACUCAUCGGUGGACGUUUGGAUCAAUGUUGCGUCUCUGUGCUCUGAGCUGAAACGACCCGACUUGAACCGGGCCAUCCUGUCCGUCCUUCUGGACCAGAGCGGGACCAGAGUCCUGUCCCCGGACCUGGAGGGAGCCCGUCUCAUGGAACACGUCUUCCUAUGAAGACAAGGCGUGAACGUUCUCCCACACAACAACACACGGCCUAACAACAGCAAAUGCUUUU